UAAUAUAGGGUCAAAUCUUGGGUAAAUUGGGUAGUCUAAAGCUAAUAUCAGUAUGAAUAUAUUCAACAUCUUCUUCUCUAGCACGAGAGUUCUUGAUUAGCUUAAGCUUCUUGAACUUUUGAGGUGAUCGAAGAUUGUUUAGGCACGCUAGUACAAUCUGGUUGUUCUAUUACGGUCUUUGCUACUUUCUUGCCAGAUCUGAGAAGAGAAUUGUCUCUUUGAUCUGCCAAGAAACGGAGUUUAGUAGGGGAGGAAAAGAGAGUGAUGACGUCAGGGACGAGAAUGCCGACAUGGAGGGAGAGAGAGAACAACAAGAGGAGAGAGAGACGGAGGAGAGCAAUAGCGGCGAAGAUCUUCACCGGGUUGAGAAUGUACGGGAACUACGAGCUUCCCAAGCAUUGUGACAACAAUGAAGUGCUUAAAGCACUUUGCAACGAGGCUGGCUGGACCGUCGAACCCGAUGGCACUACUUACCGCAAGGGAUGUAGUAGACCAAUAGAGCGUAUGGACAUAGGUGGCGGUUCAGCAACCGCGAGUCCUUGCUCUUCCUAUCAGCCAAGCACGUGUGCUUCUUACAACCCUAGUCCAGGCUCCUCUAACUUCAUGAGCCCAUCUUCUUCUUCUUUCGCUAAUCUCACCUUUGGAGAUGGCCACCAAUCACUCAUGCCAUGGCUAAAACACCUCUCAACAACAACGUCAUCCUCAUCAGCUUCUUCAUCAUCAAGACUCCCUAACUACCUCUACAUCCCUGGAGGCUCCAUAAGCGCUCCUGUUACCCCUCCUUUUAGCUCUCCCACAGCUAGUACCCUGACCAUGAACCCUUUCUUUGUCUCUUCAACACCGCCCAGUCCCACAAGGCAGACCAUACCUGAAUCUGAAUGGUUCUCAGGGAUUGAACUCGCGCAGAGCGUUCCAGCUUCACCAACGUUCAGCCUCGUCUCACAAACCCCUUUUGGAUUCAAAGAGGCAGCAGGGAGAGGUGGAUCAAGGAUGUGGACACCAGGUCAAAGCGGGACUUGUUCACCGGCUAUUAUUACUCCUGGUGCUGAUCAGACAUCAGAUGUUCCAAUGUCUGAAGCUGCGACUCCUCCAGAGUUUGUGUUUGGUAGUAACACAAACGGGUUAGUGAAAGCAUGGGAAGGAGAGAGGAUACACGUAGAGAGUGGCUCAGAUGAUCUCGAGCUUACUCUUGGAAACUCAAGCACCAGGUAAUUGGAAAACCGGUCCAACCAAACCAGUCUCAGUAUGUCCCUUCAAUUAAAAUAUAAUUUAUUUUCCCAGAAUAUAAGGCUCAAAUUGAAACACGCUUUGAAUAUUCGUUUAUUUGUUACCCUUGUGGCUGUAUUCUUUCCCCUUUGUGUUCCCGAUCCACUCGGGUAACCAGCUAACCUAAAACCAGGUUUAGAUGGAUCUAGUCAGAUUAUGUUUCAUA